CGUCGACUCGAACAUGAACUCGCUCAUCGCGGCCGUCGCUGUGGAAAAGGCCGAACAGAACCCGGUAUACUACAACAUGCUGGCUCACAACUAAGGUGACGCACUGUCGAACACAGGAAAAUAAACUAUAGUUCAUUAAAGUAAAACAAACCUUUCUGUUAUUGCAUUCAUUUACUUUGCGCAACCCGCUGUUGUUCAGCUGGUAGUCCAUGCGGCAGGUCGAUCGUGUUUAUGUCAGGGAGGCUCGACCAAUGCGAGUGUUUAGCCCACGACAGGCAUGUUGAGCGAUCACUGACCUUAACCGCCGCACCAUGGGACCUCCGGGACCGGAAAUACCUUCACCAAACAUCACCUUCACCAGGUGUAAAUAUUUCUGCUAGUAAACUGUUUGCUUGACGCGGGAUGUCAUCGGUGCCGCGAGCAGGGCAAGUGACGCUUUUUGUCCGUCAGUUUCUUCCAGUAGUCAUGUUAUGAUACAACGUUUCAGUUAGUUGUCUACAUUGAAUGUAUGGCAACAACACCUUGGCUGUGUCCAGGACCGUCAAGCUCAAUGGCAAGGUUUAUUAUAAAAACUCUCCCAAUGUGUUGUAAAGCGUUCAGUUACAGCGCAGUGUCUAGCCUGUACAUAUGAUGGCAAGCAGUGGGCAGGUAGUUGCCGCGGCAGCAGUGCUGCUGCUGAUGCAGCUACAAACAGUAACUUCCGCGACAUUCGGUGCUCGGGAUCCUCCUCCACCGGCGCUCCGGGAAGCGCAGGCAGCGUGUGUGAAAUACUUGGGCAUCUGCGAAAACCGUCUCCACCAGUACAACAACAGCGUCUACCCAACCGACCAGGACACCAUGUGUAUGGUGCGCUGUGCCGGCAUCAUGGUCGGGUUCUGGGACGACUGUCAGGGACUGAAGCUGGACGGACUGGCUAACCUUUUCCCUGCGCUGGCAGCAAACGAUCGCGUUCGGUAUCAAAUUAUGAGCUGUGCAGAAAAGCGCAUCGCCACCUGUCCGCCCCAAGAUACCUGUGCCAGGGCGUACAACGGGUUCCGCUGCUUUCUGGAUGCACAGAAGGGUGGAUUCGGUGCGAAGGAUAUGCAGCCGCAGCAAUCGACUCCACCGCAACCGUUCGAUGCGCAGGAAUUCAUUCGCUCGCUAUCGAUUUGUGCCAAGCUGCAGCGCAUACCCAAGGACCGGCGGGACCUGUACGUGCAGGGCGUUUUCCCGAACGACGACAAAACCCGCAGCCUCAUUCGCUGCGUCGGCAUCCGGACCGGGCUGUACGAUGAUGAGCAGGGUCCCAACAUCGCACUGCUGUACAGUUUGUUCGGCGCUGGUCAAUCGGAGAGCGAGUUCCGGCGCAGGGCAAACCUGUGCAUCGACGCCAACCAGCCACUGCUGGAAGCGCAGGACAAAAAUGCUCAGGCGUACGUUAAGCUGUACCGUUGCUUUGCCGACCAAAUCAGUGCACUCGUACGGGCCAACGCUAAUGCCAUGGCGUAGAGCUGACGGUCACUUGUGUGCAAAACAAAAUAAACAACACUUUUACCGCCGGAAACUACCGUAUCGCGUUUCCUUUUUUUGUUUGUACCUUGCAAGCAUUAUUUCCUACCACGCUGAACGUACUACGCACUCACGGUAGCCGAAAACGUGUCCUAGCCUCCAUCUUUGCGACGCAGCGCGUGUCUUAUCAGGCGGUGCGCAGGUAACGCUUUUUACAUAACAUCCGCCUUUA